AGUGUGUCUGUUGGAAGGUUGGAACUUGGAAGUUGCAAACUGUACUGUUGUGAUGCAUCAUCCUAUUAUUAUUAAAUAGUAUAUUUCUUCAGCCUUUAUUUCUCAAGUGAUGUUAAAGUUUUCAACUUUGUUUUCCGUUUAUUUUUAAACGCAGUUUCUUGAAAUAUAUAUUCAGCAUAAUUCAUUUUAUUCCACUUACUUGGCGCACUAUUUUUAUCAUCGUUAUCCCGCGGAGUGACACUACUAUAUAUUUAAGCGUCGCUCUCACUUUCAUGGCCUCUUCUUCCUAAGAAGUCAGUAUAGUCACUUUUAUGUGAGGUUGUGUGUCCUGUGAAAGGUUACACAACCCACUUAUUCGUGAAAAAUAACUCACUUUUAAAAACCCCAAAAAAAUCAUAAAAUACUAAAACUACAAAAAAAUAGUAAAAAUCGAAAAUAACGGGUAACUUUCAAGUUUGGUUGAAACGUGGUUUGGAUCGUGCAACGUGGGCUCCUUUCGUAUCUGGCCUGAGUGAACGUGUAUCGUGUCUUUCCAAGUAUAUUUUCAAAUAUUUUCGAAUUAUUACUUUAAAAAAUGAAUCCAGGUCCGGGUGGUCCAAAUUAUCCAAUGGCUUCACUUUAUGUAGGAGAUUUGCAAGCCGAAGUUACUGAGGCCAUGCUGUUCGAAAAGUUUUCGACGGCUGGCCCAGUAUUGUCAAUCAGGGUGUGUAGAGACAUGAUAACUCGCAGAUCCUUGGGUUAUGCAUAUGUGAAUUUCCAACAGCCUGGCGAUGCUGAAAGAGCAUUGGAUACGAUGAACUUUGAUAUGUUAAAAGGGCGUCCAAUCAGAAUUAUGUGGUCUCAAAGAGAUCCUUCAUUGAGAAAAUCUGGGAUUGGAAACGUAUUCAUAAAAAAUUUGGACAAAACUAUCGACAACAAAGCCAUGUAUGAUACGUUUUCUGCGUUUGGCAACAUUCUCAGCUGCAAGGUCGCUCAAGAUGAAACCGGUGCUUCAAAAGGAUAUGGAUUUGUGCACUUUGAAACUGAAGAAGCAGCAAACAAAUCUAUUGACAAAGUGAACGGAAUGUUGCUCAAUGGCAAGAAGGUAUUCGUUGGCAAAUUCAUCCCACGCAAGGAACGCGAGAAGGAGCUGGGAGAGAAAGCUAAGCAAUUCACGAACGUGUAUGUCAAAAACUUUGGAGAAGAAUUCUCCGACGACAUGCUCCGUGAAAUGUUUGAAACUUAUGGACGUAUAACUAGCCACAGGGUGAUGAACAAGGAAGAUGGCAAAUCGAGAGGAUUUGGUUUUGUAGCGUUCGAAGAUCCAGAGGCAGCCGAGCGUGCAGUGGACGACCUGAACGGCAAGGAAGUGUUUGAAGGAAAGCCGCUGUACGUUGGUCGAGCUCAAAAGAAGGCGGAGCGCCAGCAGGAGCUGAAACGCAAGUUCGAGCAACUGAAAAUGGAACGAUUGAACCGCUACCAGGGCGUGAAUCUGUACGUCAAGAACUUGGAUGACACCAUUGAUGACGAGCGCCUCAGAAAAGAGUUCGAACCAUUCGGAGCCAUCACCAGUGCCAAGGUGAUGCUGGAGGAUGGACGCAGCAAGGGCUUUGGAUUUGUGUGCUUCUCGUCGCCCGAGGAGGCGACAAAGGCGGUGACGGAGAUGAACGGGCGGAUCGUGGGCACGAAGCCGCUGUAUGUGGCCUUGGCGCAACGCAAGGAGGACCGCAAGGCGCACCUGGCGUCGCAGUACAUGCAGCGCAUGGCCAACAUGCGCAUGCAGCAGAUGGGCCAGAUCUUCCAGCCUGGUGGCACCAGCGGCUACUUUGUGCCCACGCUGCCGCAGCCGCAGCGCUUCUUUGGCCCCACGCAGAUGGCGCAGAUGCGGCCUCAGCCCCGCUGGGCCACGCAGCCCCAUGUUCGCCCCAAUGCACAGGCUGCUUCUUCAGGCUUCCCGAACAUGCAGGCUCCGUACCGCUCGAACCCGCGCGCUCCCGCUAACGCGCAACCAGCGCUGCGUAACGCGAUCUCGGCGCGCCCGAUCACCGGGCAGCAGACUGGACUGGGCGCACGCGGCGGCGCGGCGCAGCCGGUGUCGGUGUCGGCACAGGGUCGCUCGGCCAACUUCAAGUACACGGCAAACAUGCGCAACCCGCCGCAGCAGCCGAUGUCGGCCGUCGCCGCUGAGCAGCAGCCGCCGCAACAGCAGGCUGUGCUUGUGCAGGGCCAGGAGCCGCUCACCGCUUCCAUGCUCUCUAGCGCCAACGCCACCGAUCAGAAGCAGAUGCUCGGCGAACGUCUCUUCCCUGUUAUUUACAGAAUGUAUCCAGAACUCGCUGGUAAAAUCACAGGGAUGUUGCUUGAAAUUGACAAUACAGAGCUUCUUCACAUGUUGGAGCAUCAUGAAUCUCUGCAGGCCAAGGUCGAAGAGGCUGUGGCUGUGCUUCAAGCUCAUCAAGCUAAACAAGCUGCAUCCCAGAUAAAAAAGGAGCCGUAGAUUGACCAUUGAGUCGUGCGGGUAAAAAUAGUGAUGAAUGCAACACUUAUCCUUAAGAUUCAGUUGAUACAUUGUCGGAAUUUCAAUGAACAUAAUUUUGUUGAACGUCAAGUCUCUAGUAGUUCUAUCCAACCUCUGCAUGUGUCAUGUGUGAUCCAUAGCAGAACACUUGGACAGAACCGCUAGAAACUAUGUUCACUGACACUAACACAAUUGACACGUCUUUAAGAUUCCUAUUGACACUUAUUAUGUUAAUGGGAUAAAUGACACUACGGUUGUAUUGAGUCUAAUAUUUGAGUUAUCUUUUGUUGUGUGACCACUUGCUUUGAAUAGCCAUACUUUCAUGUCGUUCGUUUUUACAGUUGUAGUUUCCUUGUUUAAUUUUAUCCUAGUUUCUUGAAAGUCAUUAUUUUCAAAUAAAUAAGAUAACCAUGCUCAACUAUUCUAGUGUAAACCUAUUGGUGGCUUAACUUUGAAGAAAAUUGUUGUUUUCUAUUAUUCAAUUUAGUGCACCCUUUGUUUUAUGGCAUGUCUGUAAUUCCAGUGGAAGGAAGUAGUUUAUUUUUAAGGUUAAUUUAAGACCUGUUGGCUAUCAACAUUUCUUUGUGGCCUGGAAGUAAAAUGUCUUGAGUUCAUGAAAAAUUAUAUUUUAAUGUAUCACUCAAUUAACAUGCAACAAAGUUAGCAUUAUUGUAAUUCCGCGUGUAUCAGUUACAUUUAUUAUUUUUUUGAUUCAUCAUUAUUAUUCUUAUAAUUAUUAUUACUAUUAUUCUUUUCUUUAUUAUUUCAUGUUAUAUGAACGUGCCUUCUGGUAACAUUUCUCAUUUCCCCUUCUCUGUAUUUGGUUCUUGGGGCUUUUUUUGAGAAUAAAUAUGAAUUUAAA